AUGUAUCCUCAACACUCAGCCAUGGCGCCUCAGAAGCCCGAAACCUUCAUGUUGAGCACCGAGGCUCAGCAAGCUCUGCCCCAUGACGCCCAGGUCGCCCUGCAGCAAGUCGACAACCUCAAAUACUUCCUCAUCUCAGCCCCCGUUGACUGGCAACCCGAUCAGUACAUCCGUCGAUUCUUGUUGCCAACGGGCGAAUAUGUUUCUUGCAUCCUUUGGAACAACCUCUUUCACAUUUCAGGCACAGACAUCGUGAGAUGCUUGUCGUUCCGCUUCCAGGCCUUUGGCCGACCCGUCAAGAACUCAAAGAAGUUUGAGGAGGGUAUCUUCUCUGACCUGCGAAACCUCAAGUCUGGAACCGAUGCUUCUCUCGAAGAGCCCAAGAGUGCUUUCCUCGACUUCCUGUACAAAAAUAACUGCAUUCGAACACAAAAGAAGCAGAAGGUCUUCUACUGGUACAGCGUCCCCCACGACCGCCUCUUCCUUGACGCGCUGGAACGCGAUCUCAAGCGUGAGAAGAUGGGCCAGGAAGCCACCACUGUUGCAGUCAGCGAACCUGCUCUGUCUUUUCAGUACGACUCAUCUCAGUCGCUCUACGAGCAACUGACCAAGGCUCAACAAGCCAACUCCUCGUCCUUCAGCGCCCAGCAGCAGUCUGCUUAUUCCCAGAGCCAGUCCACAUCCCCAGUCAUGCGGGCGAUGGACUCGAUGCCCCCUCCCCCGACAAUGAUGCCUCAGUCCAUGCCCCCUUUGGCGGAGGGGAUGGACGCAAUGGUACCUUACGGAUCGAUGGUAAUGCCUCACCACAUGGCUCAAGCUAUCCCCGUGAAGAGAGAACCUGAUUACACCCGUGUUCAGUACAACCAGAACGGUAUCCCUAUCACUCAGGGACACCAGCGCCACGCUUCCAUGCCUGCCUAUGCUCUUGAGUACUCGCCAGCCCCAUCCUUUGUUUCUUCUCAGUAUGAGGACUACAGCAACCGAGGAAUUUCCUUCGAGCCCAUCACGCCUCCUCAGCAGGCUUUGGGUAUUUCUGCUGAGCCCGCCUACAUCGCCAACGAGGAGACUGGCUUGUACUCCGCCAUUCCUGAUCACAUGGCUGGCAUGAACGGUCUCAACGGCAUGGUCCAGCUGCCUCCCUCCCACUUGGCUGGACCCCAGUUCUCUCGCCCCUACGGUACAAACAACGUCUACUCUGUGAUCGAAGGUUCACCGACAUAUAAGCAGAGAAGACGGCGUUCAUCCAUUCCCCCAUCUAUGUCGGCGAUUGCGAACCCUGCUGCACCUGCCCAAACAGCUUCCCACACACACACCCACCGACCUUCGGAGCUUCGACGAUCCAUCUCUGCUUCCGUCGGCCCUGUGGCCGAGGGUGAUGAGUCAGCCGAUAACUCCCCUCCUGGUCUCUCCUACAGCACCUCAGGAGUUUCUGUCAACACUCAGCACCACCCCAACAUGUCGAGGCAUGGUACCCCCCUUUCUGCAGUUGAAGGCAGCCCGGCCCCCACUUCAAUGGGAAUGCACCACCAAGAUUUCCCCCACCUUGCCAGUGAGGAAUAUGGUGAGGGCUCCAUGAGCGACCAGCGACGAUCCGUCCCCGCUCCCAACGGCGCUGUUCGACGUGCUCGUUCUGCCACUGUUAUGGAAGUCGGUCCCUAUCCCCAGAAGUCCCACUCUUGCCCCAUCCCGACUUGUGGCCGUCUCUUCAAGCGUUUAGAGCAUCUCAAGCGACACGUUCGAACACAUACACAAGAAAGACCCUACAUCUGCCCCCACUGCAGCAAGGCAUUCUCCCGAUCUGAUAACUUGGCACAACACAAGCGCACUCAUGGUCGUGAAGACGGCGGAGACGGCUCACUCCACCUUUCUGGAGAGGAAGAUGAAGAUUACUCUGGCGAUGACCAUCUCGGCUCAUUGGAAGAGGCUUCACCACACUCCGAUAGUCCUUACAUGACUGGCUCUUUGAAUGCUGCUGCUCAUGGCUCGACUCCUCCCCCAAGCGGCGCCCACCCACAAACGUUCAACAGCCUCGAGACCCUAAGCAUGCGUAUGACUAUGAGUCAACCGGCUGCUAUCAAUGCCAGUGGUAUGAUGUAA